AUGCUGAAGGAGGCGGGCAAGACCUCAUCACCUGAUUCUUCCAAUGAGAAUUCCAUAGCAGCUCCGCCCCCAGAGGAACAAGGGCAAGGUGAUGCCCCACCACAGCACGAAGAUGAAGAUCCUGCAUUUCCACAUACUGAGCUGGCAAAGCUGGAUGACAUGAUCAACAGGCCUCAAUGGGUGGUUCCUGUUUUGCCAAAAGGGGAAUUAGAAGUUCUUUUAGAAGCUGCUAUUGAUCUUAGUGUAAAAGGCCUUCAUGUUAAAAGUGAAGCAUGCCAACGUGUUUUUCGAGAUGGACUAACAAUAUCUUUCACUAAAAUUCUUAUGGAUGAAGCUGUGACUGGCUGGAAGUUUGACAUUCAUAGAUGUAUUAUUAACAAUACUCAUCGCCUAGUGGAGCUUUGUGUGGCCAAGUUGUCCCAAGAUUGGUUUCCACUUCUAGAACUUCUCGCCAUGGCCUUAAAUCCUCAAUGCAAGUUUCGUAUCUACAAUGGUACACGUCCAUGUGAAUUAAUUUCCUCAAAUGCUCAGUUGCCUGAAGAUGAAUUAUUUGCUUGUUCUUCAGAUCCUCGAACACCAAAAGGUUGGCUAGUGGAUCUCAUCAAUAAAUUUGGCACGUUAAAUGGGUUCCAGAUUUUGCAUGCUUUUUUUAAUGGAUCAGCAUUAAAUGUUCAAAUAAUUGCAGCUCUUAUUAAACCAUUUGGACAAUGCUAUGAGUUUCUCAGUCAACAUACAGUGAAAAAGUACUUCAUUCCAGUUAUAGAAAUAGUUCCACAUUUAUUAGAAAAUUUAACUGAUGAAGAACUGAAAAAAGAAACAAAGAAUGAAGCCAAAAAUGAUGCCCUUUCAAUGAUUAUUAAAUCUUUGAAGAACUUAGCUUCAAGAAUUUCAGGACAAGAUGAGACUAUAAAAAAUUUGGAAAUUUUUAGGUUAAAGAUGAUACUCAGAUUGUUGCAAAUUUCCUCUUUUAAUGGAAAGAUGAAUGCACUGAAUGAAAUAAAUAAGGUUAUAUCUAGUGUAUCAUAUUAUACUCAUCGACAUAGUAAUCCUGAGGAGGAAGAAUGGCUGACAGCUGAGCGAAUGGCAGAAUGGAUAUAGCAAAAUAGUAUCUUAUCCAUAGUCUUGCAAGACAGUCUUCAUCAACCACAAUAUGUAGAAAAGCUAGAGAAAAUUCUUCGUUUUGUGAUUAAAGAAAAGGCUCUUACAUUACAGGACCUUGAUAAUAUCUGGGCAGCACAGGCAGGAAAACAUGAAGCCAUUGUGAAGAAUGUACAUGAUCUGCUAGCAAAGUUGGCUUGGGAUUUUUCUCCUGGACAACUUGAUCAUCUUUUUGAUUGCUGUAAGGCAAGUUGGACAAAUGCAAGUAAGAAGCAACGUGAAAAGCUCCUUGAGUUGAUACGUCGUCUUGCAGAAGGUGAUAAAGAUGGUGUGAUGGCACACAAAGUGUUGAACCUUCUUUGGAACCUGGCUCAUAGUGAUGAUGUGCCUGUAGAUAUCAUGGACCUUGCUCUCAGUGCCCACAUAAAAAUACUAGAUUAUCGUUGUUCCCAGGAUCGAGAUGCACAAAAGAUCCAGUGGAUAGAUCACUUUGUAGAAGAACUUCGCAGGAAUGACAAAUGGGUAAUUCCUGCUCUGAAACAAAUAAGAGAAAUUUGUAGUUUGUUUGGUGAAGCACCUCAAAAUUUGAGCCACACUCAGCGAAGUCCCCACAUAUUUUAUCGCCAUGAUUUAAUCAACCAGCUUCAACAAAAUCAUGCUUUAGUUACUUUGGUAGCGGAAAACCUUGCAACCUACAUGAAUAGUAUCAGAUUGUAUGCUGGAGAUCAUGAAGACUAUGAUCCACAAACAGUGAGGCUUGGAAGUCGAUAUGUCGAAGAAGUUCAAGAACGACUAAACUUCCUUAGAUUUUUACUGAAGGAUGGCCAACUGUGGCUCUGUGCUCCUCAGGCAAAACAAAUAUGGAAGUGCUUAGCAGAGAAUGCAGUUUAUCUUUGUGAUCGUGAAGCCUGUUUUAAGUGGUAUUCCAAGUUAAUGCGGGAUGAACCAGACUUAGAUCCUGAUAUUAAUAAGGACUUCUUUGAAAGUAAUGUGCUUCAACUUGAUCCUUCCCUUUUAACUGAAAAUGGAAUGAAAUGCUUUGAAAGAUUUUUCAAAGCUGUCAAUUGUUGAGAAGGGAAACUAAUAGCAAAAAGAAGAUCCUAUAUGAUGGAUGAUUUGGAAUUAAUUGGACUAGACUACCUUUGGAGGGUUGUGAUUCUGAGUAGUGAUGAGAUUGCUAACAGAGCUAUAGAUCUUCUUAAAGACAUAUACACAAACCUUGGCCCAAGAUUAAAAGUCAGUCAGGUGGUUAUCCAUGAAGACUUCAUUCAGUCUUGCUUUGAUCGUUUAAAAACGUCAUAUGAUACACUGUGUGUUUUGGAUGGUGACAAAAACAGUAUUAAUUGUGCAAGACAAGAAGCCAUUUGAAUGGUUAGAGUAUUAACUGUUUUAAAAGAGUACAUUAAUGAAUGUGACAGUGAUUAUCACGAGGAAAGAAUGAUUCUACCUAUGUCCAGAGCAUUUCGUGGCAAACACCUGUCUCUUAUAGUUUGGUUUCCAAACCAGAGCAGACAGGUUGAAGAGUUCGAUAUAUGGUCUCAUACAAAUGACACAGUUGGUUCAGUACGGCGAUGUAUUGUUAAUCGUAUUAAAGCCAAUGUAGCCCAUACAAAAAUUGAACUUUUUGUGGGUGGUGAGUUGAUAGAUUCUGAAGAUGACAGAAAGCUAAUUGGACAAUUAAACUUAAAAGAUAAAUCUCUAAUUACAGCCAAACUUAUACAAACAUUCAACAUGCCAUCAAGUCCUGAUAGCUCUUCCGAUUCCUCAACUACAUCUCCUGGAAACCACUGUAAUCAUUACAAUGAUGAUCCCAAUCUAGAGGUGGAACGUUGUUUGCCUGGGGUGAUAAUGUCAGUGCAUCCCAGAUACAUCUCUUCCCUUUGGCAAGUUGCAGACUUAGGUGCAAGCAACCUGAAUAUGCCACCUCUUAGAGAUGGAGCAAGAGUACUUAUGAAACUUAUGCCACCAGAUAGAACAACUGUAGAAAAAUUACAAGCUGUUUGUUUGGACCAUGCAAAAGUUGGAGAAGGCAAACUUAGUCCACCUCUUGACUCUCUUUUCUUUGGUCCUUCUGCCUCCCAAGUUCUGUACGUAACAGAGGUAGUUUAUGCCUUGUUAAUGCCUGCUGGUGCACCUCUAACUGAUGGGUCCUCUGACUUUCAAGUUCACUUCUUGAAAAGUGGUGGCUUACCCCUUAUACUGAGUAUGCUAAUAAGAAAUAACUUCUUGCCAAAUACAGAUACGGAAACUCGAAGGGGUGUUUAUUUAAAUGCUCUUAAAAUAGCCAAACUGUUGUUAACUGCCAUUGGCUAUGGCCAUGUUCGAGCUGUAGCGGAAGCUUGUCAGCCAGUUGUAGAUGGUACAGACCCCAUAAUACCAAUUAACCAAGCUACUCAUGAUCAAGCAGUGGUGCUACAAAGUGCUCUUCAGAGCAUUCCUAAUCCAUCAUCUGAGUGCAUACUUAAAAAGUCAGUACUUCUUGCUCAGCAAAUAGCUGAUGAGGCUUCAAGAUAUAUGCCUGAUAUUUGUGUAAUUAGAGCUAUACAGAAAAUUAUCUGGGCAUCAGCAUGUGGGGCAUUAGGACUAGCAUUUAGCCCAAAUGAAGAGAUAACUAAAAUUUAUGAAAUGACCACCAAUGGAAGCAAUGAGCUGUAGGUGGAAGAUGAACAAGUUUGCGUUGAAGCACUGGAAGUGAUGACCUUAUAUUUUGCUUUACUGACAACAGCAUUGGAUGCACUUAGUAAAGAAAAAGCCUGGCAGACCUUCAUCAUUGACUUACUAUUGCACUUUCCAAGCAAAACUGUUUGUCAGUUAGCACAGGAGCAGUUCUUUUUAAUGUGCACCAGAUGUUGCAUGGGACACAGGCCUCUGCUUUUCUUCAUUACUUUACUGUUUACCAUAUUGGGGAGCACAGCAAGAGAGAGGGGUAAAUACUCAGGUGAAUAUUUCACACUUUUACGGCACCUUCUCAAUUAUGCUUACAAUGGCAAUAUUAACAUACCCAAUGCUGAAGUUCUUCUUGUCAAUGAAAUUGAUUGGCUCAAAAGGAUUCGGGAUAAUGUUAAAAGCACAGGUGAAACAGGUGUUGAAGAGCUGAUACUGGAAGGCCACCUUGGGGUAACAAAAGAGUUACUGGCCUUUCAAACUUCGGAGAAAAAGUAUCACUUCGGUUGUGAAAAAGGAGGUGCUACUCUCGUUAAAGAAUUAAUUGAUGAUUUCAUCUUUCCUGCAUCCAAAGUUUACCUGCAAUAUUUAAGAAGUGGAGAACUGCCAGCUGAGCAAUCUGUUCCAGUCUGUAGUUCACCCGUUACCGUCAAUGCUGGUUUUGAGCUACUUGUAGCAUUAGCUAUUGGCUGUGUAAGGAAUCUCAAACAGAUAGUAGAUUGUUUGACUGAAAUAAAUUACAUAGGCACAGCAAUAACUACUUGUGAAGCACUUACUGAGUGGGAAUGUCUGCCUCCUGUUGGACCCCGCCCACCAAAAGGAUUUGUGGGACUCAAAAAUGCUGGUGCUAUGUGUUACAUGACCUCUGUGAUCCAAUACAUGAUUCCUUCUAUCAGGAACAGUAUUCUUGCAGUUGAAAGCACAGGUAGUGAUUUAGAUGAUGAUAUGUUCGGGGAUGAGAAGCAGGACGGUGAGAGUAAUGUUGAUCCCCGAGAUGAUGUAUUUGGAUAUCCUCAUCAAUUUGAAGACAAACCAGCUUUAAGUAAGAGAGAAGAUAGGAAAGAGUACAAUAUUGGUGUCCUAAGACACCUUCAGAUCAUCUUUGGUCAUUUAGCUGCUUCCCGACUACAAUACUAUGUACCCGGAGGAUUUUGGAAACAGUUCAGGCUUUGGGGUGAACCUGUUAAUCUCCGUGAACAACAUGAUGCCUUAGAGUUUUUUAAUUCUUUGGUGGAUAGUUUAGAUGAAGCUUUAAAAGCUUUAGGACACCCAGCUAUACUAAGUAAAGUCCUAGGAGGCUCCUUUGCUGAUCAGAAGAUCUGCCAAGGCUGCCCACAUAGGUAUGAAUGUGAAGAGUCUUUUACAGCUUUGAAUGUGGACAUUAGAAAUCAUCAAAAUCUUCUUGAUUCUUUGGAACAGUAUAUCAAAGGAGAUUUAUUGCAAGGUGCAAAUGCAUAUCGUUGUGAAAAAUGUGAUAAAAAGGUUGACACAGUGAAGCGCCUGCUAAUUAAAAAAUUGCCUCGGGUUCUUGCUAUCCAACUCAAACAAUUUGACUAUGACUGGGAAAGAGAAUGUGCAAUUAAAUUCAAUGAUUAUUUUGAAUUUCCUCGAGAGCUGGAUAUGGGACCUUACGCAGUAACAGGUGUUGCAAAGCUGGAAAGGGAUAAUGUAAACUCAGAAAAUCAGUUGAUUGAACAGAAAGAGCAGUCUGAAAAUGAAACUACAGGAGGCACAAAGUACAGACUUAUAGGUGUGCUUGUACACAGUGGUCAAGCAAGCGGUGGGCAUUAUUAUUCUUACAUCAUUCAAAGGAAUGGUAAAGAUGAUGAGAGAGAUCACUGGUAUAAGUUUGAUGAUGGAGAUGUAACAGAAUGCAAAAUGGAUGAUGAUGAAGAAAUGAAAAAUCAGUGUUUUGGUGGAGAGUACAUGGGAGAAGUAUUUGAUCACAUGAUGAAGCGCAUGUCAUAUAGGCGGCAGAAGAGGUGGUGGAAUGCUUACAUACUUUUUUAUGAACAAAUGGAUAUGAUAGAUGAAGAUUAUGAGAUGAUAAGAUACAUAUCAGAGCUAACUAUUGCAAGACCCCAUCAGAUCAUUAUGUCACCAGCCAUUGAGAGAAGUGUACGGAAACAAAAUGUGCAAUUUAUGCAGAACCGAAUGCAAUAUAGUUUAGAGUAUUUUCAAUUUGCGAAAAAACUGCUUACAUGUAAUGAUGUUUGUUUAAACCUUGCUCCAGGGCAGGAUUAUUUGUUACCUGAAGCGGAAGAAAUUACUAUGAUUAGUAUUCAGCUUGCUGCUAGAUUCCUCUUUACCAGAUUUCAUACCAAGAAAAUAGUUUGUGGUCCUGCCAGUGACUGGUAUGAUGCACUGUGCAUUCUCCUCCAUCACAGCAAGAAUGUACGUUUUUGGUUUGCUCAUAAUGUCCUUUUUAAUGUAUCAAGUCGCUUCUCUAAAUACGUUCUGGAGUGCCCUAGUGCAGAAGUGAGGGGUGCAUUUGCAAAACUUAUAGUAUUUAUUGCACACUUUUCCUUGAAAGAUGGGUCUUGUCCUUCUCCUUUUGCAUCUCCAGGACCUUCUCGUCAGGCAUGUGAUAACUUGAGCUUGAGUGACCACUUACUAAGAGCCACACUAAAUCUCUUGAGAAGGGAAGUGUCAGAGCAUGGACGUCAUUUACAGCAAUAUUUUAAUUUGUUUGUAAUGUAUGCCAAUUUAGUUAGCAUAAUUCUUGCAACAGAUGGGUAUUGCAUAGAACCAGAUGACCAGGAUGCCCCAGAUGAGCAGGAGCCCUCUCCAUCAGUAGAAGCCCCAUUAUAUCCUCAUUCACCUGGCUGUCAGUAUCAACAGAAUAAUCAUGUGCAUGGACAGCCAUAUACAGGACCAGCAGCACAUCACUUGAACAACCCUCAGAAAACUGGCCAACGAACACAAGAAAAUUAUGAAGGCAGUGAAGAAGUAUCCUCACCUCAGAUGAAGGAACAGGGAAAAGCACAUAAUUAA